GGGGGAUAAUUAGACUCCAUCUUCCAAAACCCAAGUCAAGUAAUUCCCAAUUGAAACAAAACCCUUGUUCUUGUACAUCUCAGUUCAUCAGAGGAGAGAGAAAAAUACCCAGAAAAAUGGCGAUGAUUGGAGCUCUGAAAAACGCAAUUUUAGGGCACAUUCGAAUCCCUGUUUCUCAAACUGCAAUUUCUGUUGCUGGAUCCAACAAAUUGCAGAGCUUUCCUAACUUAAUUAGCCGUGCAUUUUCAUCGCACGAUGACCAUCUUACCAAAGAUGAAGUCACUCAAAGAGUUCUCUCCGUCAUCAAAGACUUCCCCAAAGUCGAUCCUUCUAAGGUCACACCUGAUGUACAUUUCCAGAACGAUUUAGGUUUAGAUAGCCUGGACAACGUAGAGCUUGUGAUGGCCCUAGAAGAGGAAUUCAAGCUGGAGAUUCCCGAUUUGGAGGCAGAUAAACUUGACUCAACUAAGCUUGCCAUUGAAUAUAUUCACAAUCACCCAAUGGCUAGCUGAUCCAAGCAAGAAAAUUCGUCAAUUUUGUUGUGGGAAACCAUGCAUUUGUCAAGCCUUUUGUUUAAAUUUGUCAACUGAUAAUCACAAAAUGAUCUCCGUGGUUGGGCAAUAAGUAAAAGAUUGAUAGGACUUGUUUUCGACCAUUUGACUUGCUCUUUCUGUUGAAACAUUUUCGAUCACCUGAUGGUUUAUCCAUGUCCGACAUGGUAUCCAUUUCUAUCAGUCUUUGUAUUUGGUGUUGCACAAUAUUUACUUUCAUAUGCAAUCCAUAAUACAAGAUCAAUUGUUUGAUUUCGUGUAUCA